AUGGGGGGCUUUGCCCCGCGCCUCUGCGGCCCCCGCUUUUCCGUGGACGGAGUUUCUGAUUGUAGCAUUUAUCCUCCAGUUGCGGGACAGGAGAGCCCUCUGUGCUGGGCAGGAAAGAAGUUUGAAGAGAUCCCAAUAGCACACAUUAAAGCAUCUUACAACAACACACAGAUCCAGGUUGUCUCUGCCGCUCACGUGCCUCUGGCCCGCACCUCCUGUGGCACAGAGGGCUUCCGGAAUGCCAAGAAGGGCACCGGCAUCGCGGCGCAGACCGCGGGCAUAGCCGCCGCCGCGAAAGCCACGGUGAAGGGGGUGACCCAUGUCCGGGUUGUGGUGAAAGGCCUGGGGCCUGGGCGCUGGUCUGCCAUCAAGGGGCUGACCAUGGGGGGCCUGGAAGUGAUCUCCAUCACUGACAACACCCCCACCCCGCACAACGGCUGCCGCCCCAGGAAGGCACGGAGGCUGUGAGGGGGGAAGCCUGCGCUGAACCGGACCCCACGUCUGCCUGCGCUGGACAGGGAGAAGCCACCCCGCUGCUGUCUCGGAAAGCAUUUGGAGCCCUCAGGGCCUCCACAGGGCACUGCCCGCCUGAGAGACGUGUGCCCACACGUCAGGCUGAGCCUCAGACAUGAGGGGAGUUACUGGGCUCUGCAGCCCCGUUGGCGGCGUGAGAAUAAAAGACUGCACCAUCUGAGU